CGCAGCAGCAUAUGUGGUAGCGCCAGCGCGACGAUUUGCCGGGACGAUGACGCGACGAUGACGACGUGGGCUUCCUUUGAAUCUCCCGUGAGCUUCAAGAACAAAACCACGGAUGAUGACGACUCGGCUUCCCACGGCGAAUCGGAAAAUCUAGAUGAAGAUGAUGAGGACAAAGGUGAAAUUGGCCCUCCACAAUCAACCAGGAGAAGUAGAGCUUCUACGAUUCAUAAUCUCUCAGAGCGGCGACGUAGAGAUAGGAUAAACCAGAAGAUGAAGGCCCUGCAGAGGUUGGUGCCCAAAGCAAGCAAGACCGAUAAGGCUUCGAUGCUGGACGAGGUGAUAGAGUACUUGAAGCAACUCCAGGCGCAAGUCCAGAUGAUGAGCCUCCGCAACAACAUGCCCCAGAUGAUCCUGCCCAACUUGGCGAUGCAGCACCAGCAACUCCAGAUGUCCUCGCGGCGCACAGCUGGGGUCGGGCUCGGAAUGCUCGACGUCAAUCCCAUGGCGCACGCGGCAGCCGCGUUCAUGCCACAGGCCUACAUGGUGCCCCCACUUGUGGCUGCACCUUCCAAGCUCAAGUGAAUCCGGAGGGCAGGAGCAACGCUCCGGUGCUGCCCAUGCCGGACCCUUAUUGUGCCUAUCUCGCACAAAAUAUGAACAUGGAACACUUCAACAAGAUGGCCACGCUCCAUCGGCAACAGGCCCAUCAAACAGCUCAGGCGUGCCGCCCUUCGCGGUCGAACCGUGCGGAAGGAGAAUGAACUUUUUCUUUUCAAAUAAUAAGGUGAGAAUAAAGGGAAAAAUUAGAAGAAUC